AUGUGUGGUAUAUUCGGAUACGUUAAUUUCUUGGUUGACAAGAACAGAGGUGAGAUCAUCGACACCUUAAUCGAAGGUUUACAACGUUUGGAAUACAGAGGCUAUGACUCUGCUGGUUUAGCCGUUGAUGGACACUUGGUCAAGGAUGGCGAGAGUGGUGAAACCAUGAGCAACAUUAUUGUCAAGUGUCCAGGAAAAGUCAAGGUUUUAAAGCAAAAAGUGCACGAUGACGAGAUUGAUAGAAGUGCCGUUUUCGACAACCACGCAGGAAUUGCCCAUACUAGAUGGGCUACUCAUGGUCAACCAAAGGAGCAAAAUUGUCACCCUCAUAGAUCAGAUGCAGCCAAGGGUGAAUUUAUUGUUGUUCAUAACGGUAUCAUAACCAACUUCGCCGCUUUGAGAGAGUACUUGUUGUCAAAGGGACAUAAAUUUGAGAGUGAAACUGAUACUGAGUGCAUUGCCAAGUUAUUUAAACACUUUUAUGAUUUGAACUUGAAAGCUGGUGUGUCCCCUGACUUCAAUGAAUUGACCAAACAAGUUUUGCACGAGUUGGAGGGCUCUUAUGGUUUAUUGGUUAAGUCAUUCCAUUAUCCUGGCGAAGUUUGUGGUACGAGAAAGGGGUCUCCUUUAUUGGUUGGUGUCAAAACUGAUCGUAAAUUGAAGGUUGAUUUUGUUGAUGUUGAAUUUGAAAAUAAUGCUUCUGGCGCUGUUGCCCAACAGCAGAUUGGUCAAACUUUGUCUGCCCUCAGUGGUCCUAAUGGCGCCACUGCUCAAGAUUUGGGUUUCAUUCCAGUAGCUCCUGGUGAACAAAACUUGAGAACUUCACAAUCGAGGGCGUUCCUUUCUGAAGAUGAUUUACCAACUCCAGUUGAAUUCUUUUUGAGUUCCGAUCCGGCAUCUGUGGUUCAACAUACCAAGAAGGUUUUGUUUUUGGAAGAUGACGAUAUUGCUCAUAUUUAUGAUGGUGAAUUGCACAUUCACAGAGCUUCCACCAAGAGUGCUGGUGAAUCCACUGUUCGUCCAAUCCAAACUUUGGAAAUGGAAUUGAAUGAAAUUAUGAAGGGUCCAUUCAAACAUUUUAUGCAAAAGGAAAUUUUUGAACAACCUGAUUCCACAUUUAACACCAUGAGAGGUAGAAUUGAUUUUGAUAAAAAUACCGUUACUUUGGGUGGAUUGAAAGCAUGGUUACCUACAAUUAGAAGAUGUAGAAGAAUCUUGAUGAUUGCUUGUGGUACUUCGUAUCAUUCUUGUUUGGCAACGAGAUCAAUUUUUGAAGAAUUGACUGAAAUCCCCGUUAGCGUUGAGUUGGCUAGUGAUUUCCUUGAUCGAAGAUCACCAGUGUUCCGUGACGAUACUUGUGUUUUUGUAUCUCAAUCGGGUGAAACCGCAGAUUCCAUAUUGGCGUUGCAGUAUUGCUUGGAGAGAGGUGCAUUAACUGUUGGUAUUGUCAACUCUGUUGGUUCAUCAAUGUCUAGACAGACUCAUUGUGGUGUUCAUAUCAAUGCAGGACCUGAAAUUGGUGUUGCUUCUACAAAGGCUUACACCUCACAAUACAUUGCUCUUGUCAUGUUUGCCCUUUCGUUAUCCAAUGAUUCAAUUUCAAGAGUUGGUAGACAUGAAGAGAUUAUCCAAGGUUUACAAAAGAUUCCUGAACAGAUUAAACAAGUUUUGAAAUUGGAAGACAAGAUCAAGAAGUUGUGUAAUGAUGAUUUAAAUGACCAGAAGUCAUUGUUGUUGUUGGGUAGAGGAUACCAAUUUGCCACUGCUUUGGAAGGAGCUUUGAAAAUUAAGGAAAUUUCAUACAUGCAUUCAGAGGGUGUCUUGGCUGGAGAAUUGAAACAUGGUGUUUUGGCAUUGGUUGAUGACAAAUUACCAAUCAUUGCAUUUGCUACUCGUGACUCGCUUUUCCCCAAGACCAUGUCGGCAAUCGAGCAAGUCACUGCUAGAGAUGGAAGACCUAUUGUCAUAUGUAACGAAGGUGAUGCUAUCAUAUCGAACGACAAGGUUCAUACUACGUUGGAAGUUCCACAAACUGUUGAUUGUUUACAAGGGUUGUUGAAUGUUAUUCCUGUGCAAUUGAUCAGUUAUUGGUUGGCAGUUAACAGAGGCAUCGAUGUUGACUUCCCUCGUAACUUGGCUAAAUCGGUUACUGUUGAGUAA